ACAUCUAGCUGUGUCGCCUAGGCCCAAACGCUCGCUGGGGUUUUAUCGGCGCAUCGGUCGCAACGUCUCUUCCUUGGGGCCGGGCCAGACUCUGGAGCAAUGCUUGCCAGACAUUUCGCUAGUAAAAUGCUGAGCCAUCAAUGAGACUUGCUCGCAGAAUUGUAUUGGGCCCGAUUCAUGGGCCUCAAUCCAGGUCGCCGAUUUGUUUCAGCCCAUUACCCAAUUUCAGUCGUACCCACAGGCGCAGCACGCUGGAUUCCCUUUUUCCGUUCUCACGGCGGCCACCGUUCCCUUUCCCUCCCGCCGCUCCGCGAAAAUGGCGCCUCCCCUCGAAGACCUCACCCGGGUGCUGGCCGAGCUCGCGGCGCGCCUCUCCCGGCCUCCCGCCGGCGGGGGUGCCUCCUCCGCCGGGGACACCCUCUCGUCCUCCAUCUCAUCCCUCGCCUCCGUCCUCAACCCCAACGGCGACAGGGGCGGCGCCUCAUCUGGAACCCGGGUUCUGGACGCCUCGCUCUCGCUCAUGUGCUUCGACCCGCUAGAGGUGAAUAGGGCUCGCGUCGACUGCCUGGUCCGCACCCUCCUCUCCGCGCUCUCCGCGUCAGUCUCGUGCCGCGUGGUCCGGCCCGAUGGGGGCGCUGGUGAGGAGAUGCUCUGUGUCGGGAGCUCCGUUUCGCCAGGGGAUUGCCGCGAGCUGCUCCAGUCAUGUGCAGCCCUUGUGCAGAAAUUGGGGGAUUGCGAUGCUGGAAGGCAUUCUUAUGAUCUGUUGUAUGCUGCUGCGAAAACAGCGGUGUUAUCCCCUCACUGCCAAUGUCUUUUCUGGUUACCAUAUUAUAAGGAAGUGGGAGAAAGCGUAUAUGAUAUGGGAGCCAUUGCUGCAGAGUUAAUAGACCAUCCUUCCAAUCAUGUCCCUCCUAGUGAUAACUCAAUCCCACUGAGGUUGCUUUUAUGGCAUCUUGAUCCAUCAAUCAUUAAGCAUGAUCUGUCGGCGAUGCUCCAGGAAAUAAUUAGAAGGCCCUUACUUUGCCUGAGAAAGGAAUUACAUAAUCGGAUGGAAUGGCGUAUCAUCAUAAUUUGCCUGGUUUGCUCCCCAACAAUGUUUAUGGAAAUGAGAUCAUUAUUGCACUUCUGGUUUCUAGCAACGGGUUUGGGUUCUGUUCUAGAACUUCACAGUGCAUUAGUAUCUUCAGCAUUAGACAUUCUUCUCAAGCCAAUGUCAUGGGGAAUAUCCAUAGAAUUGGGACAGAAGUUCCCCUUUCCACAUGCUUAUUUUCCAAUCCAGCAUAGUGACUUGCUUGCAAUACUAACUGGACCCUUAUCAUGUAAAGCCUUUUUGGACCUAGUUUCUUGUAUCGAUUCCUUGGUUCAUUUGGACAACACAAGAACCAGAUGCUCUUCACCAAAAAACUCACAACUGCAACCAUUGAAGGGAUUGGUAAAAUAUAAUUCUGCUUGGUACAUGAUUAUAAAUUUCCCUGUUUGGUUCAAUUUUGCAACUGCUUUACUUUUCCACCGAGCAGGCUCACAAGAUUAUUUAUCAGAAACAAUCUCCAAAGAGACAUUUGCUGAUUCAAUAAGUGAUGUCAAUCUUGCUCAGAGGGCAGCCUUUUACCUUUCUUGGGUCUUAUGCCCAUCUAAUGAUGAUCAGUGCCAGAUGCUAGCUAAUAAUAUUUUGGAAAUCUCACAUUCUUGGGCUAGGAAUAACAAAAAGCACCCAAGCUACCCUAGUAGUACUGUAAAUCAUAAGAGGAAGCUGCGAUUACCCACUGCUGCGGACUCAGAGACCAAUAGUGUAAGCUCCCUGAUUAAAGAAUUUGAUGAUUGCUGUUCCAAAUUUUGUAGCACAACUGCUUCUCAAGUGCAAGCUGAAAAACUAUCAGACUUCCUUCCCUCAUGCCAUAAUCUAUUGCAUCUGUUGAUUCCUUUAGGAGUCUUGCUUGUAUCAUCUAGUUGUGUUAAUGAACAGAAUUGCGACAUGCUUCUGCGCUACGCAAUCACUGGCCAGGUUAUCAAGUCAAAUGAAGUGCAGAUGAAAACAAAUGAUCAUGUAAGCAAUGAUGGUUUCACGAGCAGCUGCAGUGGUACUGCUGAUAGAUGGGCUUUGGGUGGUGCAUAUCUCAUCUUUGGCUGGCUUGAUGUUGUUGAGGAUAUGUCCUCACUGAUACUUGAUCGUGAAGAUACAUGUCAGCAUUUUCUCAGUCAACUCAGAACCAAGACAGGCCCCUAUCUGCUAAAGUGUGUAAAGUUAUUAUUCGAGAUGCUGGAUGAGGCAGAUCAAGAUAGAGAUUUCGUAAUCGAUCUUCAUAAUAGGUUGUUAAACUGGGAUAAACAUGGGCAGGGCUGUGAGAUAUUUGGGGAUGUUAUCCUCAAAAUGAAUAAAAAGUUUAAACUUCCUUAGUAUCAGUGACCAUGGAUUUAUGCAGCUAUUAAUAUUUGAAUGUGUCUAAAUUGGUUGUCAAUCUCCAUUCUGAUGGUAAUGGUAAUAUGGUCGAAGGAAGCACGAACUCUGAAGUCUGAACCUUGAGUUGCAUCAGAUCCAUUAUCCUUCCAGAACGCACCUUGUCGACUAUCUUGCUGAUUACAAUACCAAAGGAUUGCUGUUACUUGGCCAACUUCUUUUGAGAUGCUUACGACAAACGGUGCUUGGUGUUGCAAUAUGGAAGCUUUGAGCUGCUCGUGCAGGAAUCAAACUAUCAAACUGCUCCUGAGGAACAGGUUGUUUUACAGUAUUUUCUCUUUGAGCUAUACCUUAUUUUUGUUACCUGCAUACUUGCUCCAAAGUGAUGUCUAACAUCACACAGAGAGGACGGAAGCCAAAAUAUCUUGAAGGACUCUUAUUGUAUUGGAUUCAAACAUAACAGCUGAGACAAAGUUGAGUUGAUGCAGUAGUCUUAAUUGUGCCUUGCCAGACUGGAUACAUUGUUCUGGCAAGUUAUGGGUUUCCUGUCUUCAUUAUAUCUUCAAUUUUUCUAGCCUGACGUUGCAUAUGGUAGUUUAGAACUUAUGUGAAAGAACUUGAAUUUUGUACAGUUACAGCUAAUGCCAAAUUUACUAUGGGCCCAAUGCUUCUCUUCCUUUGACUUCCCAGUACUGUUAAUAGUAUCUCCACAGAUGCUGCGCUGUUAUCUGACCAUCUGAGUCAUUGAUUGUGGGUUGGCCAUCGGCCUCAACUUGACAAGCAAUUUAAUAAUUGCACCAGUUGCUCAGUGUCAUGAAUGCUAGCUAUUGUUCGUAGUGGUUAAGGUAUCACGUGCUAAACUGCUAGUGUUAUGUAUUUCAGGGUUGCAUUUCAUUUCUUCAUGCUGCCCUCAGUGGUACGUCUUCGUAUCCUAGCUGCUUUCCAGGAACAAUGGAACCUGCUUGCCAUGUGAAGUAAUGUGAGGUAUGGAUGACACAAUGUGUUCAUGUGCAACAUUCAUGGUUCUGCUACGGGUUCCAGGAGAGUUGUCAAUUCUGCAACAAGGAUGGUCUGCAGCCUGCAGGGCAUGCUUGGUUGUAAGUCACAACGAGCCAAUCCAAACUUGCGGCUCGCCACACUGGCAGAAAAAUCCCGCGCCACACUCUGCAGUGAGAAAAGUGCUGCCAAAGCAGAUUUGUUGUGGCGUGCCAAAGCUUCAUAACCAACCAAACGAUUGCUUCAAUUAACGUGGCGCCGCCACCAAUGUGUUGUGGCUGGUUGAUAGCAUUGCUAGGAGGAUAGAGAGCGUGGUACUCCCUCAGUGUAAAAUUACAGUGUUUAUUUUGUUUGGUCAGGACAACUUUGACUAACAAUUGAUGAUAGUAGAUUCGUAUUAAAAAGAUUUAUGAAUAUAUUUCUUAUCACAUCAGUGAAAUACUAAUGGGGUAAUUCAUGGUCAAACGUUGCCCUAAGGAAACAGAAUAAGUCUUGUAGAAAAACGUAGGGAGUAUAUUCUGGGCGAAAGUGAACUUAUGGCUAUCAUCAGUAUGCCA